CUGUGCCAGAUCUUCCAGUAGACAUUCAACUGUCUGUGGACUUUGGAUUAACCUAGAGUGUUAUCAGCAGUCUUUUAUCCAAAUAAGGACCAAAACAAUUGCUGGACUUGAAGUGGGAAUUUAUAUCAAACCUGUACUCAUGAUAGGAUAGAUAUUUGUUUCAUGGAGAUAUUUGAUCAAAGAUCUGGAUUAGCACUCCUAUGUUUGGCUUGAUUCUGAGUGUUUGCAGCAUUUUAAAACGAUCAUGGACACACCGAUUCUUGAAAUUGAAGAAGUUGAAGAUCCAGAGGACAGUUGUGAACAUUCAAUGAUGGAACUGGCACACAGCCUCCUCCUCAACGAGGAGGCACUAAAGAAAAUUCCAGAGAACAAACGACCAGUGUUUGUCUUUGAAUGGCUCCGGUUUCUGGAUAAAGUUCUCAUAGCUGCACAAAAAUCGGACAUUAAAGAGAAACAGAAGAAACUUGUGGAACAGUUGACCAAUCAGAUCAGUGAAUCUCCGGGGCCGCCAAGUCGCAAAUUACUGGCACGGAACCUUGCCAUACUGUUUAGUGUGGGCGAUACCUUCGAACUUUUUAACACAAUUAAUAAAUGCAACGACAUCAUCAAGAACAAAGAUGAUUCGCCGAGUUAUCUCCCAACACGCCUUGCAGCCAUUGCAUGUCUUGGAGCCAUGUAUGAGAAGCUGGGGAGAAUGACAGGCAGAUCUUACGAGGAAACUGUACAGAUACUCAUCAAGUCCCUCAAGAAUGCCGAGUCCCAGGGUCGAAGUGAAAUCAUGAUGACACUGGAGAAAGUUGUGGGUGGUGUAGGAUCGGCAGGAAGUGGCACCUUUAAGGAUGUGUACAAAGCCACAAAGCAAUGCAUGACUGACCGAGCUAUGUCUGUGAGAUUCGCUGCAGCCAAGUGUAUGUACCAGCUUGUGAACGAGGCUCCAUUUAUGUGUGCCACUGAACUGGAGACUGUGACAGCUCUCAGCUUCAGGUCGCUGGAUGGCUCAAAUUAUGAUGUCCGCUGUGCAAUUGCAAAACUCUUGGGCAAUCUUCUGGCAACUGCACUAUCACCUAAGACUAUUUAUGGAAAGAACAAACAGCCAAAACUUGAGGAAGUAUUGAACCUUUUGGCAUCAGGCUUCAUCAAGGGAGGUUUUGGCUUCCUGAAGAGUUCCACAGCAGGGGAAAUGAUUAAAGGCAGUGGAGCCAUUAAUAGGGAGAUUCGUGUUGGUGUGACCCAUGCAUACAUUGAGUUCGUGAAGUGUAUGGGAGGGUUGUGGCUGGAGAGGAACAUCUCUAUGUUCCUGAACCAUGUCCUUGACCUUGUGGCAAGUCCCAAGUCUACACCCACACAUGUUGAUGCUGUGUAUGCACGAAAAUGCGUCCUCUUCAUCAUCAGAUCUUCAAUUGGAGGACUGCUCGGUGAAAAGGCACAAAUUGCUGCUGCCAAGGAGAUAUGUCAGAUCAUUGUCAAACAGAUGAAUGCAGCAGGUGAGGCAGUGGCAGACUCUGUAGAUGGGAAGUCCCAGAACUGGGAUGUGAUGGGCAGUCAGCAUGUACUUGUGUGUGCUUUACAUGAACUAGGCAGUUUGGUACUGAGGCUGGGAACGUCAGCCAGUCCACUGGUGUCUGAACCUGCCACAGGUAUAAUAGAGCCUGUUGUGUCCGUGCUGAUCCAUCCAUGUCAUGCGGCUCGACUGGCCGCCUCCUGGUGUCUGGGCAGUAUCUCUGUGGCCCUACCCUCACAACUCACACCUCUCUUAGAUCGCUGUGUGGAACGCAUGGAGAAACUCAAGUCCUCGCCUGAGGCUGUGUCAGGCUACAGUAGUGCGCUGGCUGCCUUGUUAGGCAGGGUAUACCAAUGUCCACUGGGUAUCCCCCACGGCAAAGGCAAGCACUUGUUCAGCAUAGCCGAGGAGUUACUGCGGACAGCCUCACAGAACAGCCGUCUUUCCUUACAGAGAACACAGUCUGGAUGGCUACUCCUCGGCUCACUGAUGACAUUAGGGCCCCCUGUGGUAAGAAACCAUCUACCCCGUAUGCUGUUAUUAUGGAGGAACGCAUUCCCACGUUCCACCAAAGAAUUAGAGGCAGAAAAGAUCCGAGGCGACUCCUUCACAUGGCAGGUCACUCUGGAGGCUCGGGCGGGUGCACUAGGAGCCAUGUACAGUUUCUUACAGCACUGCCGUGAACUUGUCACGGAGGACGUUAUUCGCCGACUGUUGGCGCCUCUGGAAUGUGCUCUCCUCAUGUUUUCACACCUGCCAGGUGUGAUCAAGCAUUAUGGGACCCAGCUGAAGGCCAGUGCUGCCAUGGUCCGACUGCGGCUCUAUGAUGUCCUGUGUUUAUUGCCCCCUGAAUCAUUUGAAGGAACAUACACAAUGUUACUGAGGGAAUUGGUGGCGGAGUUCACGCUGACCGACAACCCUGCCAAUACCACCACCUCACUGCUGCGGUCAAUGUGUCACGUGGAUGACAGCGUUAUCCUGGGCUCCUGGCUGCAGGAGACUGACCACAAGGCUAUAGAGGACCAGUUUGAACCCAAUCGUAAAGUGGAUAAAGAAAUAUUGCAGCCAAACAGUGCGUCAGGAUCUGGAGCCCUUGAACAUGAUUCACAAUCCCUGUACGCACGCUACCCCCCUAGUGAGCCAAUCCCGGGCCCCCUUCCCUUAGGUGUGGCAGUGAUUGACAGUUCGGUGAAGUUGUAUGGUCUUGUCUUUCCUCGGGUAGCUAACAAACACAGGUACCAGAUGCUGCAGCACUUUAACGAGUGUAUAAAACAGGCAAAGGCUUCCCGUCAGCAGGCUGUGCAGAUGAAUAUCUUCACUGCUGUACUGUGUGCUCUCAAGAGCCUGUCGGAUACCAAGUCCAGUAUGGGACCUGAUGAGGUGAAGAAAGCUGCUUUCAAUCUUAUUAUGGGAGCCCUGAGUAGUACCAACCCUAUCUUGCGAUGUGCGGCUGGAGAGGCUCUAGGUCGAAUGGCACAAGUGGUGGGUGACAGUCGCUUCAUAGCCGACAUGGCCCAGUACAGCUUCAACAGUUUGAAAUCAGCACGCGAUGUGGUCAGCAGAACCGGUCAUUCUCUGGCCCUUGGCUGUCUCCAUAGAUAUGUCGGGGGUAUGGGGUCAGGUCAGCACCUCAACACCAGUGUCAGCAUCCUGUUGGCUCUCGCCCAGGACUUUAACUCUCCAGUCGUACAGGUGUGGGCAUUACAUGCCUUAGCCCUGAUAGCGGAUUCUGGUGGACCAAUGUUCCGUAGUUAUGUGGAGCCCACACUGUCACUAGUACUACAGCUACUACUGUCUGUACCUCCCUCUACUGUGGAUGUCCAUCAGUGUCUCGGCAAGUGUCUGUCUGCCCUCAUCACCUCGAUAGGACCAGAGCUACAGGGUAACAGUGGGUCGAUAGCCACAGCUCGGCUGUACUGCCUGGUAUGCUGUGCCAUUAUGCAGGACCACCCUGACUCCCUGGUCCAGGCCGAGGCCAUCGCGUGUCUACAGCAGCUCCAUAUGUUCGCUCCACGUCAUGUCAACCUCACUUCUCUCGUCCCUCAUCUCUGUGAAACGCUCAAGAGUGCUCACCUACUACUACGACGAGCAGCUGUUGCAUGUCUACGCCAACUGGUCACACGAGAGGCAGAAGAGGUCAGUGAACAGGCUCUCAAGGUCGUUAAUGAGACAAGUAGCCUGUACUCAACGCCGGCCAGUACUACGUCUGUUAAUGAGAACGGUGUGGAGGGUCAGCUGUAUGGUAUGUUGGACACAGAAAUUGACGGCAAGCUGAUCUCCGACGUCCAAGAUACUUUGGUCAGUCUACUUCAGUCCCUGGCCACUCGGAACCUUACCCGCUGGCUCAUGUUACUGAAGGAGGUGCUGUCAGCAUCAACAGACACAACCAGUAGUUUACAAGAAGGAGUGGUGGAGGGUGAUGAUGAUAAAGAUGAUGAAGAUGAAGAUGAGGGUGCUGAGUUUGAGUUCAAGGCUGCGGAAGCUGAUGUAACACAUCCAACAGUUGCUCCUAGGUGGCCCACACGAGUGUUUGCCACCGACUGCUUGAGGAAGAUCAUUAUAGCCUGUGAAGUGGACGAAACACACUACAACUUAGAGAAAGCUAGAGAGUUAAAGGCAAAGACCAGCAAUGUGAACUUCUUAGUGCUACAUUUGUCGGAGCUGGUACGGAUGGCAUUUAUUGCCGCCACCUCUGACAGUAACCAACUGAGACUGGCAGGCCUGUCGGCACUACAGGAUGUUAUAACAAGGUUUGCAGCUGUACCAGAACCAGAGUUCCCUGGUCAUGUGAUAUUAGAACAGUACCAAGCACAGGUGAGUGCUGCCCUGCGGCCGGCUUUCUCCCAGGACACGCCCUCAGAUGUUACAGCAGCUGCUUGUGAUGUGUGCAGUACAUGGAUAGGAAGUGGUGUCGCUCGUGACCUCAAUGACCUCCGUAGGGUUCACCAACUGUUGGUGUCUUCAUUGGCCAAAAUGAAUGCUGGGAAAUCCCAAUCCAUGUUGUAUAAUGAGAGUGCUGUUACCAUGGAGAAGCUUGCAGUAUUACGAGCAUGGGCAGAGGUGUAUAUAGUGGCCGUAGAACGAGAGAAAACUGUACAGCCCAAGGCUAAGAAUGAGGAGGAUGAUUUUGGUGACAGUCCUAGAGAGAGUCUUCUGUCUUUGGUACAGCCAGAGUUACCUACACUUAGUCAGAAUUGGUUCAAUGCCCUCAAAGAUCACGCUUACUUAUCCCUGCCUCCAGAAUACUCCGGACAGCUUCCAUCAGAUGGUGGUAUGUUUUACCAUCCUGAGACAGUGGACUCAGCUCGACCCCACUACAAAAAGUCAUGGCCAUCCAUCCUUCAUGCUCUGGCAAUCUGGCUGGAUGAAUCGUCUUUUCUACAGGUAGAAAAAGACCACAGUAAGGAAGCAGCCAAUGAGAAGAAGCCAGGAGGUCUUUCUCUAGCUCCGGCCAAUGCUCCCGCCAACAUGAACCCAGAUCAGAUCAAUGCUGAUAGAUUAUACCUCAUUCUAGGUAUUUGUAUGGAAGCCCUGUCCAGUAAUGUUAUCGUGAUGUCAGAACACAUGGUCAACAGUUGUCUGAAAGCCCUGUAUGCUCUGCUGAACCCCAGCUGGCCCCGCAAGGCUAUGGGCGAGGACCCUGUUCUAUCGCGAGAACUCCUCAAUGUUAUGCACAGAACGAUGUUGACAAAGGAUAGCAUCAACACACAGCUCCUAGCUAUUGAAGUGGUAAAGCAGGUUCUCUAUGCAGCGAGGGAAAACCUUGACAACGAAAAAAUUAAACUCAAAGAAAAGGAGAUUGAGACUCCAGUAAGCACAGCCAGUAGUACAGAUUCUAUGGACACCACAGACAGUACCCAAGUGUUUGGAGAAGGAGGCGAGGCUGGGGAUAUUGUCCCCGGCAAAUCUGUGGUAUAUGCCACCCUGGAGGUGUGUCUGUGUGCCAUCUCUCGCCAAAUCCCUGCCCUCAACCCUUCAACCCCUAGCACAGGCUUCCAGGUGCCCACAAGACUGACCAAGAUGUCCGAUGAAUCCUGUCAGCUCAUCGCCAACACAGUCCUCAUCCUCACAGAACUGCCAAACCUCUGUUCACCUCAAGGAAGUAUAGCUAUCCUACCUACAGUGUUACACCUGGUGACAGGAGUACUAAGAGAACUGUCGGCCAAGUCGUCUGAGAGGCGGUCACCUGUGGUUGUCAGUGCCUGCCUCAGCUCUCUCAAGGCUCUGUGUUCCUCACCACUGACCACUGAUGAAGCUGUGUCUGACAGUUGGAUACAGCUGCUGCAGAGUGCUCUCGCUACUGUUCUUCAUUAUGCAAAACCCUCUGAAGAGAAGCCAGGUAUGGAGGAUGUGACACUUCUAGGGGUCAUCACUGUUUUCAUUGCCUGUGCCCCCCACCAAGUGGCCAACAUACCUUCUCUCAAAACCCAGUGUGUACAGGUGUUCAAAGAUACCUGGGAUUCUGACAGUAAUGAGGUGAAACUGAAAUGUGUUCAGAUGUUUACAUCCGUCAUACAACACCUGGACCGGGACAGUGCCACGCCUUAUAUACGCAAUGUCGCUUCUAAGAUUCUGGAGUAUUUAUGUAACAUCGGUGAGAAUAAGUGCAACAUUGACUCUGAAAUUAACCUCAUCAAGGGUUCUAUACACAUGGCUGUGUCACUAGUUGCCAUAGCUGAGGAAUCCAGACGUUUGACUCUUUUAUCUCUGUUGAUGCCACUUCUUGUUUCAUUUUUAAUGAACGAACAAACAGCGAACUCAAUGUCUAAAUCUGCAAGGUUGCUACAUGACGAAGCUCUUCAACGAAUCACAACAAUCGGUCCAAGAUACCCGGAGCAAUUUAGGACAAUUAUGAGUAGUCAGGCAGAGCUCAAGUUAAAACUAGAGGCAGCUGUGAAACUCAACCAAGCCAGUGUAAGAGCAAAGCAGUCUUUAGAGAAGUCUGCAAAGCUACCACAGAAUCAACCUGCAAAACCUACCAUAGCUUUGAAAACAAACUUCAGCAAUUUCACUGGAUGAAAAGAGAGGCAUUACUUUGAAGGACGCAACUCUUAAAUAUAAACUUAAUCUGUGAUAUCAUAAAAUGACAGACUUCCUGUGCCCUGCAUAGGGGUCAUCUGUUACUGUUGAACUAUUGAUAUAUUUUAUAUAACCGUGUAAAGCUCAAUUGUAUACAGAUUAUAGCGGGGCUUUACACUCAUAAAUAGUUGUUGAUGUACAGUUUGUAUGGGAGGCUCAAGACUUUUCAUAUAUAGUAUUCAUGUAUUCUUGUUAAGAUGGAGAUCAAAACUUUAAUCUGUACAAAUUUUGUAAAAUUAUAAAUUCAUUGAUUGUACAAACUGCCACAUUCACAUAUCAUCCAGAACUCCUUGUACCCUGUCAUCAUGUUAUUUGUAAUAAAACACAGAUUGAUAUUGAUAGUAUUUUUGAAAUUGAACUUUUAAUAGCUGUUGUAACUAUCCAUUCAGAUAUUUAUCAAGUGUUGAACUAAAUGCUACUUUUAUACUGCCUGAUAAACCAUACAUGCAAUUAUGGUGGCACUUUUGUAUGAAAAGUGCAUGCAUGCUCAUUCAAGAAAAUGUUUCUAAAGGAGGGGAUUUUUGAAGGAUGCUAUAGUGCUAGCAUUUCAUUAAAUGUCAUUAUCUGCAUGUUUUUUUUUAAAGAAUAACAGUGUUUAGUAAAACCUAUUUCAUUGCAAUGUUAACUUACUGACUUACCUGGAAGAGAAAUUCAAAAGUUUCAGGGGAGGUAACUACUAACACCCGUGUGGUCUUUCAUUUAUAGGUUAAAUAUGUUUGUGGCCACAAUGUGAUGGAAUCUGUAAAUCUUUUAUAUUUUGAAUCUGCUUACUUUACAGUUCAUAACAAGUUUAUGCAUUAUCAUUUAUUUGUCAAAUUUUGUUCACAUUUGAUAAACAAGCAAAAAUCAUUGAUUGAUUUAAUGUUUAGGGUGUCAUCAUACUAAAAUACAGUAACAUUGGCGCUCACUAUUAAAAUAUGAAUGAGAAACCAUGUAUUUCUUUUGAUAUCAAACACAUCAUGCAAUGAAAAUUUGCAAAAUUACAGUUAAUGUUAAUUUGAAUAUUUGGAUAUAAAUUUAAAAAAAAAAAAAAAAAAAAGGAUAAAAAUUGGGGUUUAACAUGUAUGAAAAAUGUUGCUAUUCAGUGCUGUAUUUUAUCAAUAUAAAGGGUUUGGUUCUUUUCUAUGAGGUGCAAUUUUAAUCCUGAAAAACUCCAUCUGUGUGUUUCAAGGGAGAAUACUCAAAGUGGGAAAAACAUUUCUGGGAAGGAACUUUUCUUUAUGGUGAUAACUAAUGUGGUGGUAUACUGUAUCUUAUUAAAUGUUCUGCAGGAACAGAAAACAGUAAAAACACAAUGUUUUUUGUAGUGUACAUAAUUAUAUUAGUGAGUGAUUACGAGACACUCAAGGGAGUUAGGUUUUCAGUUAGACAUAUUUUUCAUUCCAGUCACACUAUGCAAAAAUCAGUUACAAAAUAUUCUAGAUUUACAGAUUAUACAGAGUACAGAAAAAAUGAAUACUAUGAUGAAGAGAACUGUUUUGUGAAUGUUUUGAAGAUAUUGAUAUUCGUCAUAGUUGUUGAAAUGUUCAGACAUCUUGAGAUUGUGAGUGUGGUGCGAUGAUUAUUAUUAUUAUGAUGUUUUUAAUCCUGGAGAGUGCUGCAGUCACCUGUCGUUUAUAAUCUAAGCCAAAGUUAGCCCGUGUUGCACUGUUUUACAUACCAAAUAAAUAUUGUUUGUGAUCGCUCAGUGUUUUUCAUAUAAUGCCAUGGCUCUGCAUUCCAUACAUGUCACUGUUGCUUGUUUUGUCAGUGUUGUUUGUAAGUACUCCAGAUCUGCUACAUUUAUAUAGAUUCAUUUUCAAGUGAAUUUUCUCAUUCCCCCUUUCAUUUCAUUUUACAAUUUUUACCUGUGGAAAUUAGUUUUGUCAGGGCAUGUAUUUUUUUUACCACUAAAAGUGGGAAAACCUACUUAUUUUAUUUUGUAAAUAAUAGUAUAGAAAUGUCUAAAUAUAGAAAGUUGUGUAUGUUUAUUUAUAGCUAGAUUUGUUUAUAUAAAUACACUUGAAACACUUAUGUCAUAACACUCACAACCAAUACUGAGUUUGUAGUAUUGAUUGCUGACUGAUUAAUUUAAAGUUGUGAUUAACUUUCAUACUAAGCAUUCAUUUGCAUAAAAAAAUCUAAAAUGUCAUUAUUCAAACAGAGGAGUUGUGCAAUGUUUUACAAAUGAAAAAAAUAUUGAAAGUAUUUUUGAUGUAUUUAUCUGUAUUUGAAAUACUGUAUAUUAAAUUAUUUAUGAUUCAUAAGGAUGGAUUAAUAGUUUUUCCAUAAAAAAUCUGCAAAAAGUUUAAUGAUCUGUUUAUUGGGCAAACAAGGUCUUGGAAGGAUUAUUUACUUCAGUGGGUUAUUUUUUCCUCAACUUACAAGGUAACAUUAUUCAGAUGUUUUUGCAUAUUAAACAAGUUUUUUAACAUUAUAACAUUUGAUAAACAAUCCUAAAUCAUUUUUGUAAAAAUAAUAUAUUGGUCACAUUAAUGAAAAUGAAGAUAGAGAAUGCAAAGAACAGUUAAUGUAGUAGUAACCGCCAAUGUUAAGGUGCUAUACAGCUUCUUAAGAUGAAUUUAGAUAAUUGUUAAAAAACUGGAUUACAUUUUUUUUUAGAAAUAGGUCUUAGUUUUAAAUUAUGACAAUAAUAAAGAAAUGCAAGAUUAAUUCCUAUAUCAACCCUGGGGCUUGAUAUUAAUUCCAAACUGGUGUUCCAUUUAUAUGUAUUAGAUACAUACAUAUAUAUUGAAGAUGGUUUAAUAAUUUGUGUCAUGCCCCUGUGUAUUUUGAUAAACAAAACUGUCUGUACUAAGAAACAUGUUGCUCAAAGCAAAUGUUAUAGGUUUAAGUUUACAUAUUGUGUGUUCGUAGAAAUUCAGAAUUGAUAUACUUUCGUACAUCUGCCCAGUAGAAAGUUCCCUAUUAACAUGGUUCUGAGAAGUAUUUUAGUCAGUACGACCCCUAUUUUGUUUUGAUUGGUGCCGAGUAUAGCUUCCAUUACAAUGCCAGCUGUUGUAAUGAUUUGCUGCUUAACUGUUACAGAUGAUCAAUAAAAAUAUCUACAAGAAUCUUAA